GAUUUAUCAUCAAGCAAUAUGAGCCACGAGAUAGCAUUGAAAAGACUUAAUAUGCUGAAGGGACACUUUAGACCCAGCAAAGAUUUGAAGAGAGAGCUGAGCACUUCUACCUUCAACCUCGCCAAAGCUCAGGAGAGCCUUUGGAAUACUCUUCCUGCUAAUUACUUUGAAACAUUUGAAUGCAUCUCUGAGCUUCAUGGAAUCCCAGACCCCUCUCUUUACAAUGCAGAAAAGGAUGAGUUAAGAAAAGAUUCUAAUGAGUUCAUUAUUAGAUUGACCAACAAAAUGUUUGAGAAAGGGUUCACAACUCCUGAAAAAAUUGCUGAAAAUAUUGACGCCUUUAACUCGGGAAUGAUUUCUCUCGGAUCUUUCAACUUUGCUACCUGUACUAGAUAUUUGGUUCAAUAUGGUCUCUAUUGCAAAACUAUCAAAAAUUUAGGAACUGAAAGACAUCAUCAAGAGCUUAUUGAUGGAUGCUCGCUUAAAACUCUUGGAUGCUUCGGACUAACCGAGAUGGGGCAUGGCUCAAAUGUUAGAGGAAUUGAAAUCACUGCGACUUAUGAUAAGACCACCAAAGAGUUCAUUUUAAAUUCUCCCACAAAGACUGCUAUUAAAUUCUGGAUUGGAGCUCUUGCUAAAAGUGCUCAUAAUGCAGUUAUCUUUGCUCAGUUAUACAUUAAUGAGAACGGACAGAAAGUAAGGAAGGGAGUUCAUGCCUUUGUUCUUCCUAUCAGAGACAGAAUGACUCAUACUUCAUUCCCAGGUGUUGAAAUAGGCGAUUGUGGAUAUAAGAAAGGAUUAAAUGGAAUCGACAAUGGAUGGAUUAAGUUUGAAGAUUACAGAAUCCCAAGAGAAUCACUACUCAACAGAUUUGCUGAUGUUACUGAAGAUGGAGUUUAUCAAACAGCAAUUGAAAGUGAAGGAAAAAGAUUUGGAAACUCAAUGUCAAGCUUGUCAGGUGGAAGAGUUUUUAUCUCAAGAAUGUCGUCAGAGAUUAGUCUUCAGUCUCUGAGUAUUGCUAUUAGAUACGCAGCUGUGAGAAGACAAUUCGGUCCCUCAGAUGAAGAAACUCUUCUUCUUGAUUACCCAUUGCACCAAUAUAGAUUGUUCACUCGCUUUGCCGAACACUUCGUACACUACCUUGGAGCUAACAGAUUAGUCAAGAUGUGGGAUAAGAAUCUUCCUAAGCUUUUAGAUGAAGGAAAUGAACAAACCGAGGUAAUUCAUGCCUUGUCUUCAAGCAUGAAAGCAUUUGUAUCCUGGUCAUCCCAAAGCACUAUUGAUGAAUGUAGAAAGGCUUGUGGAGGACAUGGAUAUUCUUUCUAUUCCCUCUUUGCUAAUAUUUUGAAUUUUAAUGACUUGCAUGCUACUUGGGAAGGAGAUAGCCAUGUCUUAACAAUGCAAAACCAGAAAUUUAUUUUGAAUGGAAUCAGAAAAGCAUUAAAAGGAAAGAAGGUUCCAGAAACUUUGGAAUAUCUUUCACUUGCCCAAACAACUCCUCCAGCUUUCAAAGGGGAUUUUGAAAAUAUUGAUGAACUAGCUAAAUUAUUUGCACAAAGAGCAUCAUUUUUAGCAAACAAAGCUGCUAAAGCUCUUAAUGAAUAUGAAGGAGGAUUUGAACAGGGAUUCCUUGAUCUCCAAUCCUUUGAAUUGAAAGAUAUGUCCUCUGCUUAUCAUGACAACUACUGUAUUGAAACCUUCAGAGCCUUCUUAACUACUGUUGAUGAUGAAUCAGUCAGAUUCAUCUUUGAGAAGCUUCUUCUAUUAAAUUUCUAUACUAAGAUGCACAAUGAUGGAAACUUCUUUGUAGCUGCUCUUGGAUUAUCUCAAUUCGAGAAGCUUAAGAAGCACAUCAAUAAAUCAUUGAAGCAUUUGCGCAAGAACAUCAUUCUUUUGACUCAAGUCCUUCCAUUCCCAGAAAGAUCCAUGGGAGCUUUAGGACAUGGAGACUUGCAGGUUUAUGAUAGAUACUUGCAACAUAUCAAAGCAUGUAAAGGAGUCACUGAAAGAGCUUCAUGGUGGAAGCUUGCCUACACAAAUAGCGAGCAAAAGAAUUAAUCAAAGAUUGAAGUCCAUUUCUAUUUUUGAAAUUCUUUUAUACGGAAUCAAAUUCUAGUAUC